ACGUCGAUACAUCACAGAGAGAGAACGAAGAGAGAGAGAGAGAAAGAAGAGCGAGAAUCUAGAGAGAGGAAAUCCAGAGAACGCGCGAGAGAGAAGAGGUAAAAAAGAAAAUGUCUUUCGACACAUUCAGCACCGAUGAGACCUAUGUCGGCUUCGACUCCCAGCGCUCCGAGGAUACCUACUCCUUCUACGCCCCCGCCGCCGCCGAUCCACCGCCCCCGUUCAACGGCGCCGAGUUUUCCCCCGAGUACGAGGAGGUCGCCGUGGAACACUCCGUCAACAGCCCCGACGCGUUCGGAUUCGGGUCGGAUCCGAGCCCCGACCCGUACGCCCAGUCCUCGCCGUUCACUUCCUCGAUACCUAUCUCCAACGGCAACGGCAAGGCGUACGACAUCGGGGCGGACGCCGACGGGAUCUUCGCCGACGACGGGCCCGUGCUCCCACCUCCAGGGGAAAUGUACCCCGAGGAAGGGUUCGCGCUUCGCGAAUGGCGGCGCCUAAAUGCUAUUCGGCUUGAAGAGAAGGAACAGAAGGAGAAGGAGAUGCGAUUUCAGAUUAUUGAGGAAGCUGAAGAGUACAAACGAGGUUUCUAUGAGAAAAGACAGCUCAGUAUCGAGACUAACAAGACUAGUAACAGAGAGAAAGAAAAGUUAUACUUGUCAAAUCAAGAGAAGUUCCAUAAAGGUGCUGAUAAACAAUACUGGAAAGCAAUAGCAGAGCUCAUUCCUCACGAGGUUCCCAAUAUUGAGAAGAGGAGAGGGAAGAAAGAACAAGAGAAGAAGCCGGGGAUUGCAAUCAUACAAGGCCCUAAGCCUGGCAAACCCACUGAUCUUACGAGGAUGCGCCAUAUAUUGAUUAAGCUGAAGCACACACCCCCUCCUCACAUGGUCCCACCCCCACCUCCCCCCGCCAAAGAUGGAAAGGAUGCUAAAUCCGGAAAAGAUGCCAAAAAUGGGAAGGAUGCCAAAGAAGGGAAAAAUGGAGCAUCAAAACCAGCUGGAGAGGCUCCGGUUGCUCCUGUGAAAGAUGCCUCUAUCCCCAACGGUGGUGGUGUAGACGCAUCGAAAGAAGAAGAUUCUGCUGUGACCGGUCCGGAGCCUUCUACUACCUGAGUGAGACUCGAUUACAGCAUCAUACUUUUUUUUGCCAACCAAUUUUAUAUCAGCUUGCUACAUUUUCGAUGGUUCUGUGUUGUAUUGUGGUUGCCAUUUCACAUUGUACCUUAUUUUGUUGUUGCAUGACUUUGGCCUUUGAGAAAUGUUACGUUGUAUUUGUGAUUUUGGAUCUUAUUCUGUCACAUUCUUUAUAAAAAUACGAUCCAGGGACUAUGAUUUACUGUC